GUUCCGUGCUGCGCGCAGCGGCCACUCACCUCCCUGCCCCCGGGUCACAAUCGAGUGAAAGGCCGCGCCAGCCCCCGUCCCCGGAGCCCAACGGUACGGCCCUUCCUCACCUACAGACCGAGACACAGGCCGGCUGCUUCAGCAGGGCUGCGGGGUUCUGUGCCCCUGCCCAUCUCCUGCCUCACAGCGCCGCUUACCGGACGCGACCCAGCCCAGCUUCCAUCUUGUCGGCAGAGGCGGAAGGUCGCCAGCAACCGCGGGGACUGGAGGAGGUCGCGAGGAUCCCACCCCCGACGGCGCUCUAGGCCCUGCGCCCAGCGUUCCCGGGGCGGCCGCGGAAUGUAGUUAAGCUGCGAGGCCUUUCUGCGCGGUCCGGACGCAGACGCCCGAAACUGUCUCUGCCUAAGGGGCUGACACUGGCCUUAGCGCUCCAGACCAGUCUCUCUGAUGAGGCCCACAGCACUGGGCUCCCCAGGCCACACACCGCUGGAAGACGGGGAACCUGUCAUGGUCAAGUUGGAAGACUCUGAGGAGGAGGGAGAGGCUGCCCUGUGGGAUCCCGGCCCAGAGGCUGCACGCCAGCGUUUCCGGCACUUUCGCUAUGAGGAGGCAGCAGGGCCCCAAGAGGCCUUGGCCCAGCUGCGCGCCCUGUGCCGGGACUGGCUGCGGCCCGAGGUGCGCUCCAAGGAGCAGAUGCUGGAGCUUCUGGUGCUGGAGCAGUUCCUGGGCGCACUGCCACCUGAGAUCGAGGCCUGCAUAAGGGGACAGCAGCCAGGCAGCCCUGAGGAGGCUGCUGCCCUGGUUGAGGGACUGCGCCGGGAGUCAGGAGGGCCCCGGAGAUGGGUCACAGUCCAGGUGCAGGGCCAGGAGGUGCUAUCAGAGAAGAUGGAACGCUCCGACUUCCAGCACCUCCCUCAAACCAAGCUUCAGACUCCAGAACCUGGGCCUGAGAAGUCCCCUGAGGCCACACAGGAAUGCUUGCUGGCCCUUCGGGUGAAAGAGGAGCCUGAGAUUACAGAGGACCCAGGCAUGUGUCAGAGCUGACCACCCACAUUCCGGUCAUUCCUGCGUGGACCUGUAUGCAGUACCCCUCUCCUGCCCUCACUGCCAUACUGCCCUUGAACUCACAUGCGGGGCACAGACUUUGGCUUUCCAG